CAAGUUAGUUAGAGGCGUGUUCGGUAUUUGUGUGAGAUUAUUCGGAAAACACGGUCGACGGUGGUUUAGUUAAACGUACAGAAUAAAAAUAAAAAACGUCUAAAUCAAACUAUUUCAUAUUUGGACAAGUUACCGUGUAACAUGUCUUCAGCCAGGUGACAUUAUUUGACUCAGCAAAUUCUUCGGAUGCCACCAAAAAGUGAACAAGCAUACACCCAUCCAGAGCUCAAUGAGUAAUGAACCCAUUUUGGAGCAUGUCGACAAACGCUGGUCGUAAGAGAUCUGACGGUGAGGAGCAGGGUGGUCCAGGGGAGCAGAGAUCCAGUCCAGCUCGUCCUCCAUUUGGUAAAAAGCAGCUUCCCUCCAUCCCAAAGAAUGCCGCCCCCAUCACUAAAGCCGCCUCACCGGCCUCCUCUACACAGUCUGCCAAUGGCACGCAUGCCUCAUAUGGCCCUUUCUACCUGGAGUACUCGCUGCUCGCUGAGUUCACAUUGGUGAUCAAGCAGAAGCUCCCUGGCAUCUAUGUUCAGCCUUCAUACAGAUCAGCACUAAUGUGGUUUGGUGUGAUUUUCAUUCGACAUGGCUUGUACCAAGAUGGUGUGUUUAAGUUCACCGUCUACAUUCCCGAUAACUACCCAGAUGGAGACUGUCCUAGGGUCGUUUUUGACACCCCAGUUUUCCACCCUCUAGUGGACCCGGUCUCUGGCGAGCUGGAUGUGAGGAGAGCUUUCACCAAAUGGAGGCGAAACCACAACCAUAUCUGGCAGGUCCUUAUGUACGCCCGCACAAUCUUCUAUAAGAUCAACACCAUGGAUCCGCUCAACCCAGAGGCUGCAGUGCUUACAUCUCCUGCUCCCCACAACCAACGAUGGCCAGAGGAUUAUAACAAAGGACUGCCGGUGUCUGGGCUGUCUUGGGUGAAGCCUGGUUCCACUCAGCCUUUCAGCAAAGAGGACAACCCCCUUCAGACGUGAACCUUCAGCACUGGCUGUCCACCAGGAGGGGCGCUACGCUACUGUGGCUGCGCCGAACCACAUGUAUAGAAUUCUGAUGCAGUUCUAUGAACUUUAUCUUCAUUCGCAAAACCCUCGCUCGGCUUUAAAAGAAAACCACUAUAAUGGCUUAAGAAUUAUAGACAUGUUCCCAGUAUAGAUGUAAAGAUCCCACUCGUUCAUUUCAGUGCUGAGGCUUGAACGCACAGAGGUUGUUCUAGUCAGUACUGUUACUUGCACAUGUUAAUGUUUUCAGGCACAACAAACCACCUCACUUAUUUGUGUAGGUCAUGCUCUUCUAAUUGACGAACUUGGUUUUCUCACUAAUAAUUUGAUGUAUUUAAUACAUUUUCCCUUUAUUUUCCUUUCCCUGCAAACUUGGUUAAUGAGUUUUAAUUUCAAACAUACAUUUGCAGUCUGGGACAGAGCGCUGGUGUAUUUUUUUAUUAUUUUUUUUGUUUGUCUUGAUAUAUUUGGGUUGAGAUUUGUUUUGUGUAUGAUAUGGUUUUAAUGUAAAAUACAGAGCAAGAUAAAUACUAUUCAUUAAGACAC